AUCAGUCGUGAUGCAGACGCAGGCGACAGUAGCGCUUACGGCUGGGGAUUUACACUCCGGUGGCAUGAUCAAUAUUUUUGCUAACUCUGUGCUUUAUUGCCUUCAGGCAGCGGAUUUGCGGCUUGUACGGUAUUAAACUGUGCUGUUUUUUAGUAGUGAAGAAAUUAUGGCCACCGUUAAAAAGGAUGACAGACUGACAAAUUCUCAAAGUUUGAUGUGCGUUGGCUUUGCCGGUGUUUUUAGCAAAACCGUCACAUCGCCGCUCGAAGUGGUGAAGAUUUUAGGUCAAGUGGGGACGUUUCACUGCAAACGCGGCUUCAUGCACACGUUUCUUCUUCUGUAUCAGACCGAGGGUCUGCGGGCGUUUUGGAAAGGAAACUCGGUGUCCUGCCUUCGUUUGUUCCCAUACAGCGCCAUACAUUUGGCAACUUACAAGAAGAUUGUCCACUUCCAUAUGGAUGAUCUUGGCCGUAUCUCACAGUGGAGGGCCAUAUCGGCUGGAGGUCUGGCAGGUAUAUCUGCUGCUCUGAUAACGUAUCCAUUAGAGGUGGUUGAAACCAGACUGAUUGCCCAGAACUGCAGAGAAUCCACAUAUAGGGGGCUGCUGCACACUCUUUCCAUGGUUCACCGAAAUGAAGGAUUCCUGGCUCUCUACCGGGGCUUUUCCCUCACUAUUUUAGGUGCAGUGCCCUUCUCGAUUGGCUGCUAUGUAGUCUACAUUAACUUGGAUAAACUGUGGCAGGAGCACCACUUCCGUUUCAGCUCUUUGCAGAACUUCAUCAAUGGCUGCCUUGCUGCAGGAGUGGCUCAAUCUCUCUCUUUCCCUUUCGAGACAAUUAAACGGAAGAUGCAGGCUCAGAGUCCUUUCCUGCCACAUUGUGGAGGAGUCGAUGUCCACUUUACUGGGAUGAUAAACUGCUUCAGAGAGGUCAUCAGAACCAAGGGCAUGUUGUCCCUUUGGAGUGGCUUUACAGCCAACACAGUCAAGAUUGUCCCAUACUAUGGCCUGCUCUUCAGUUGCUUUGAGAUGUGUAAACAAGUCUGUCUUUACCAAAAUGGAUAUAUUGUGUCUCCGCUGAGCUACAAACUCAAACCAGGAGUGGACCAAAGCCUGGGGCCACACGAACUACAGGAGGUUAAGCAUUACCUGAGAAACAGGAAAGAACAGGCACAAAGUUCAUCAAUGAGAAAUCGCUGGUGAACAGGUUUCUGUCUCUCCGUGUGAUGAGCAAAGAGACAAAAAGAGGACAAAACAGGAAAAUAAAACUGAGUGGGGGGACUCCAGAUCAUUUUUUCUGAUACUGAUGAGGACAAACUGCCACACCACUCUUCAGGAGACUUUUGAGUGUUCUCGGCUGAUAUAUUUUUGGCACCCUGGUGUUUUGUUUUCUUUUUUUCUUCUUUUAAAAAGAACUCUUUAAUUCCAUGUGAUAUUGGAUUUUUCUCUGCGUUACAGCACUUCAGAACACUUCAGUUCAACAGUUACGGGGUUUGAAUUGGGUGAACACUCCACAAAUUGUGCACUGCAGUGUGCACUGAGAAGCAGUCAGUAUGUUUGAUGUUGAGUAGAUACUGUCAGUAUUCAGUAGACAGUAUGGACUUUCUCCUGAAUUGAUUAUUGGUUUUACUACAUGAUGAUGUUAAUUACUCUGCAUCAUCUGUAACACUUGCUGAUAAACGAUUAGUUGUCUGAAGGGCACAACUGCACCUGCUUUUGUAUUCAGUACAAUCUGUGCCAUUUUAGAGAUCUUGGUCCAGCAUACUUGAAGCACAACCAUUGUUUCUGCAAUUCUUCAGAUUAUAUAUGACAGUGAUAAAUGAAAAUUAUCACACCUUCAGAAGGUAUUAAAUGAAUGCAUUAUUAUUAAAA